UUCAUCUUCCUUGAUAGAAAAAAAAAACUUCUGUGAGUCCAAUUUACACAUUCUCAAAAAGAAAAAAUCUGAUUCCUCACUUGAACUAUCCCUGAAACUAACGUCCGCGCAGCUAGCUACGAGUUUCAUCUUGGGAAGGGAGGGUUCUGUGAGAAUUAAGCUACUCGGUCUAUAUCGACUAUGAUAAGAUCAUCUCAAAUUUCUGAUUCUUCUGCUACCAGUGAUUUGGAAUCACGAUCUUCUAAUUUUGGUCCAUCAGUACUCAGUCCGCAGACAUCAGAGUCGGAAUGUCCAUGUAUUCAUGACCCAGUAACACAGGGUGGAAAGAAGUCGACAUUAAACGGUUUCCCAAUGGAGGCCCAUAUCAUUAGCAACAUUGGCGAUCAGAACUUGGGCGCUGCAGCAGCUUAUGGAUCUAAAACCAAUUUCUUACUUGUUGAUCAAUGUCCCCUCAUACUUGCUGUCGGAGAAGAAACACUCAAAUCCAAUAUUUGAUUGUUGCAUAUCAUCUUCGGUUAUUGGAUUUCCUGAAAUUGUGAGUGCAUCAAGAAUAGUUUCCCAUAUUUUCUGUGAUGUUGAGUUGAUAUACCAACAACACAACUCAAGACACACUCUCUUAGAGUGGACAA